UUCUCAUCAGAAUCAAUCCCAUAAGGUGUUUUGGACUUGUAAAGAACGAUGCAAACUGCUCAUAAAAAACUAACACCAAAGUUACCUUAUCUUCCCGAGAAAGUUAAAGCAAUGGUUCAGGAUUUUCUAGUACCUGACUACCGAGCUAUGUUUGUGAGAGAAAGAGGCCGUUUUUCUCCUCUUUCGGAUGAGGCCAAUCUACUGAAGUGUUUCACCAUACGCUAUGAAACUUAUGAUCUAAGGGAGUGGAAACUUAAUGAGACCCUUCGUAGAGCCAAAGCUUGUUUUCAACGACAAGGUGGUUUCGAACCUUUCAACGGCGGUAUCAAAGUGUUGCCCAAUUAUGAAUACGACAUCGUCCUUCGCAAGAGUCCUUUUGCACACGGAGCAGCAAAAGAACAUUUUAAGGAAAUCAUAUUGAAGAGACUCUAUACUACUUUUUGGGAUUGUCGACUGGAGUUGAAGGAUCCCAAACUUUGGCAGGUCGCCGACCAAGUUGCAAAGACAGCAGAUUUUAGUUGUGCUGUUCGUAUUAUGGAGACAAAACCGGCUAUUUUAGCUAUUGUAGAACACUUUUUAGAGUUGCAGCGAUUACAAAAGGAAAAUACUGAAACUCAAGUUUGUUGAUUCUUUUUAGAAAAUGAAACUACUUGUAAUAUUGUAUGAGAAUAAUUACUAAUUCACAUAGUGU